AUGCUAUUGGCUGCGGCGAUGGAGCAUUACAGAGCCGAACGAACGGAACGACACAAGGGCACAAUAAUAGAAGAAAUAGGGCUGUGUCAUGGGUGGCUUGUAGUUUCCCAAAAUGUGACCGUUUUUAAACUCGCUGACACAAUUAAGGCUGGAAUCAACGGUAAUGAGAACCUAGAUGAUUCCAAAGCGUGAAUUGCUCAGUUUUAUCCGGAGAUUACGGAAGCCGUGAUUGUUAUCUCCAAACAUGGGUUACAAUUCCUAGACGCUCGGGCAGUGCAUCGCUAAUGAUACAGACAAAGUUUGAGAUAUAUAACAACCUAGAUGAAUCACCAUUCCGGUAUCCGAAAACAACCACCACUACCACCCAACCGUCCUCCUUAUCUACACCUCUACUACACAUAUAUACUCUUCUCUUUCUUUUUUUUAUUCACCAUCAUUCUCCAUAACACAAUGUUCCCCACCUUUCCCCUUGCGCUUCUGGCACUCGGUGCCUCUGCCAUCCCUACUACACCGCGAAACACAAACUCCAUAGUCGAGCGUAGCAGAGAGCCCGGCCAAUUGCCCCUGGCAAAUGGUUUCCCCAAUGUCCAACCCGGAUCCUCUGCUUUGUUAAAUAUCAACAAGCAGGCUUUUGGUACACUUCCAGAUGGACAGCUCCCCAAAGAAAUCUCAGACACUUCUGCCGUUAUCUGGUCUCUGAUUGCCUUCAAUGAGCUCUUCGAAGUGGCCUUUUUCGACUCCCUCAUCACCAACAUCACAGAAAACGUCCCCGGCUACGAGGUCGGAAGCCCUGCUGCACGCACCGUCGUCCUGUCUGCCCUUAGCGCCGUCAUUGCCCAAGAGGAGCUCCACGCCCUCGGUGCCAACGGCAUUCUUCAGACUGCUGGCCGCAAGACCAUCUCCCCGUGCAAGUACCGCUUCCCCGUCACCAACUUUGAUGAUGCGAUUGCCUUUACGUCCACCUUUACCGACGUUGUUCUUGGUACGCUGCAGGAGGCCCAAACAAACUUUGGCAUUGCCGGCGAUGGCCCCAAGUUUGUUGGCUUGGUUGGCUCUGUUAUUGGCCAAGAGGGUGAGCAGAAUGGUUUCUUCCGAUCCAUGAGCUCACUCGCCAAGGUCCCCUCCGCGAAGCCUUUCCUCACCGCCAGCUCGGGUGCCUUUGCCUUUUCGGCUCUUCAACAGCUCGUCAUUGUUCCUGGUUCGUGCCCGGACAAGCUGCCUCUACCUACCUUUGAGGCUCUCACCAUCAAAACGCCCAAGAUUAGCGCCAAGACGGAGGAGAUUGAAUUCACCUUCAACUGCAAUGGACAGGAUGCCAACAACCUGCGUAUCGUGCUCAUCAGUGGCCAGAAUGUCCCCAUUGUGCAAAAGUUUACCAGCCACAAGACUGUCGGCAAUGUUAUUACUGCCAAGGCACCUUUCCCUUAUGCCAAAUUCCAACUCGACGGCCUCACCAUCGCCGCCAUCACCACAAGCGAGGGCCCCUUUGCCAAUGCUACAGAGGUGGCUGGCAAAACUCUUGCUGGACCUGGAUUGAUUGAAAUUUAG